AUGGUAAAACGACCGAUCACUGAUUAUUUCAGCACAGUCACCAUCACCAGAAAGAAACCGCGGCCUGAGGAAUUGGCUCUGCAUAUAAAGGUAACAGAACCUAAUGUAAAUUCUGACAAAGAAACAAAUGGCGAGAAACUAGAGGAUGAUGAGAAUUUAAAGUACAAAGACUUUUGCAAAGAGUACAAGUUCAACAAAACCAACUGGGUAAAUGGUUUAACAUUAGACCAGAGGGAAACUUUACAGUUGGAAAUUGAGAAAUUGCAUAUAACUUGGUUAGCAGCUUUGCACCAGGAACUCACAAAACCCUAUUUUAUUAAAUUGAAGAAAUUUUUGGCAUCACAAACUUUGCAAAAAAAAGUGAUUUUUCCUAAGCAAGAGGAUAUUUACUCGUGGUCGAAGCUAACUCCAUUGCCCACUAUUAAGUGCCUCAUUUUGGGGCAAGAUCCAUACCACAACUACAAUCAGGCACAUGGGCUAGCAUUUUCGGUGCUUGAACCAACGCGGCCACCGCCUUCAUUGGUCAAUAUAUACAAGACUCUUGCCAUUGAUAUUCCCGAAUUUGUGGUCCCCAACUAUAAAAGUAAUAAUACUGGUGGUGGAAAUUUAUCAAAGUGGGCUGAGAACGGUGUAUUGAUGCUCAACGCAGUUCUUACUGUUGAGGCACACAAGGCUAAUAGUCAUGCGAAACAAGGGUGGGAACAGUUUACUGAAGAAGUGAUAAAACAAGCAAUUAGGUAUCAUUGCAAUAGCGAGAGCAGAGUCAAUGGCGGUUUCGUAAUAAUGGCAUGGGGCUCACCUGCUCAAAAGAGAGUAGAGAACAUCUUUCGGAAAAUGGAUAAAGGCGAUAAGGAAAAGUUUUUGGUACUUCAAACGGUGCACCCGUCACCUUUAUCCGCUCAUCGUGGGUUUUUCCAGCUGCAAGUGUUUAAAAGAUGUAAUGAUUGGUUAAAAGAACACGAUCGCGAUGUUAUCGAUUGGAACGCACUUGCUGAAAAAGAAAUAAUUGAAGAAGGGCCGAAGAAGGAAGGAUGA